UAAACCUGGCGCCUGGCUAGAGUCAAGACAAGAUAAGAGCGCCCAAGGCUCCCCUCCUUCUCCAAGGCGAUCCAUUGGAAAUCUCAGACGGACUCACAAGUACUCUUGUAGGUGUCCUUGCAGCAGAGACACAACACUACGGUCGGACUUGUUCCGCGUUCAGCCAAAUUCACCUGCGGGCUAAACCAUGUCCUUGAGCCCAAAGCACUCAACUCCUUUCUCUGUGACAGAUAUUUUAAGCCCGAUCGAGGAGACCUACAGAAAGUUUGGAGGCAUGGACAGUACAGGGAACCUCGCGUCUUCGCUGGGCGCAUACCGACAAACUCAGGUGUCUCAACCGGGCAUCCAGCAGCACGCCAUGUGCCAUAAUACCGGGGUAGGGAGCACCUAUCACAUGCCACACAGCGUCUCCCAAUUUUCCAGUGCCAUAGGAGGCUACUGUAAUGGGAGCAUCGGGAAUAUGGGAGACCUCCCGUCUUACCAAGACACAAUGAGAAACGGCGCAGCAGCAACUGCGUGGUAUAGCGCAAACACCGAACCCCGCUACCCAACAAUUUCUAGAUUCAUGGGGGCUACCACUGGGAUGAACAUGACCGGGAUGGGGACAUUGGCAGGGAUGGAUGCCACCAAAUCCAUGGUCACCUUACACUCUGCGCCCAGGAGAAAACGACGGGUGCUCUUCUCUCAGGCCCAGGUGUACGAGCUGGAGAGGCGCUUUAAGCAGCAGAAAUACCUGUCGGCACCCGAGAGAGAACACCUGGCAAGCAUGAUCCACCUGACACCGACCCAGGUAAAAAUUUGGUUUCAGAACCACAGGUACAAAAUGAAACGCCAGGCAAAGGACAAAGCGAACCAGCAGAUUCAACAGGAGAACGGCAGUGUGUGCCCACAGCAACAGUCACCGAGGCGGGUAGCAGUCCCGGUUCUCGUGAAGGAUGGCAAACCCUGCCAGAACGGGUCAAGCUUAACGACGUCUGGGCAACAGCAGGUGCAGCAGCAGCAGAACGUGUCCGGUGGUGCGAUGACGGCAUCGGGAAGUGUGGUGGUUAAUCACCAUAAUCAGCAGGUGAAUAAUCCGUUAUCAUCCGAAGAAUUGGAGGAAAUGUCCCCCAGUUCCCCUGUCCUACACAGCCAGAUAAACAUGGCUCAGACAGACGCGGCUCUCCUCGAGUACACCAAUAACAUGGUCAGUUCAAACCUGCUUUAUGGCAGAACUUGGUAAAAGGGAUAAACCUGCCAUUUUAUAUUUUCAUUCUGGAGAAUACAUCAAGUGGAUUUUAAGACGAACAAAAACAUCGGGAAGGACAGUGGUCGUUGGUGACAUGGACAACAGAAGCACCAUACUUCCUUGACAUUUGAGAGGUGCAUAGACCACCUAUUUUUAAUUAAGUCGACCGUGCGUGUUUUACUUUUGAAGAGUUUUUGAAAAAAAAUGAGACUCCAAGCACUCGGUGACGGUGUGAAGGGAGUGAAGUUUUAUUGGUUGGAAUUAAAUUCUUUAAGGACACAUUGAGGGUAUCAGGCCAAAGUAUUGUAAUAUUUCGAUGAAUGAACCUGAACUGUAUAUAUAGUUAACACAUUUCAUGUGACAGUGAUUGUUUUUAAACGAAAUAUUUCUUCGUUCAUUUUUU